AUGGGGGAUUACGGGUUUGGAGUGCUAGUGCAAAGCAAUACUGGGAAUAAAUCUGCUUUUCCAGUCCGAUUCCACCCGCACCUGCAGCCUCCACACCAUCACCAAAAUGCCACCCCCAGCCCUGCUGCUUUUAUAAAUAAUAACACAGCUGCCAAUGGCAGCAGCGCCGGCUCAGCCUGGCUCUUCCCUGCCCCGGCCGCCCACAACAUUCAGGAUGAGAUCCUGGGGUCCGAAAAGGCAAAAAGUCAGCAACAGGAACAGCAAGACCCCCUGGAAAAGCAGCAGCUCUCCCCCAGCCCCGGCCAGGAAGCUGGAAUCCUGCCCGAAACGGAGAAGGCAAAAUCGGAAGAGAAUCAAGGGGACGCUUCUUCAGAAAAUGGCAACGGGAAGGAGAAGAUCAGAAUCGAAUCGCCAGUGUUGGCCAGGUUUGAUUACCAAGAAGCUGCGGGGCUCGGGACCUCCACCCAGCCCCUGACGUCCAGCGACUCGUCCCUGACCGGCUUCAGUAACUGGUCAGCGGCCAUCGCGCCCUCGUCCUCCACAAUCAUCAACGAAGACGCCAGUUUCUUUCACCAGGGAGGGGUCCCCGCGGCUUCGGCGAAUAACGGUGCUCUGUUGUUCCAAAAUUUCCCCCAUCACGUCAGCCCCGGCUUCGGAGGCAGCUUCUCCCCGCAGAUCGGGCCUCUCUCCCAGCACCACCCUCAUCAUCCUCACUUCCAGCACCAUCACAGCCAGCAUCAGCAGCAGCGGAGGUCUCCUGCCAGUCCCCACCCCCCGCCUUUCACACACAGAAAUGCUGCUUUUAACCAGCUGCCCCACUUGGCGAAUAACCUGAGCAAGCCCCCCUCUCCGUGGAGCAGCUACCAGAGCCCCUCGCCCACCCCCUCUUCCUCCUGGAGCCCGGGCGGCGGCGGGUACGGCGGCUGGGGAGGCUCCCAAGGCCGCGAUCACCGCCGGGGGCUGAACGGAGGGAUCACGCCCCUGAACUCCAUCUCGCCCCUGAAGAAGAAUUUCGCAAGCAAUCACAUCCAGCUGCAGAAGUACGCGCGCCCCAGCUCUGCCUUUGCCCCCAAGUCCUGGAUGGAAGAGAGCUUGAACAGGGCCGACAACAUCUUCCCUUUUCCGGAUCGCCCCAGGACAUUCGACAUGCACUCCCUGGAGAGCUCGCUCAUUGACAUAAUGAGAGCUGAAAAUGAUUCGAUGAAAGGUCAGUCUUCACUGUUUCCAAUGGAAGAUGGAUUUUUGGAUGACGGCCGCGGGGAUCAGCCUCUUCACAGUGGCCUGGGCUCGCCUCACUGCUUCACUCACCAGAACGGAGAAAGAGUGGAGCGCUAUUCUCGCAAGGUGUUUGUGGGCGGACUGCCCCCUGACAUCGAUGAAGAUGAGAUCACAGCUAGUUUCCGUCGCUUUGGCCCUUUAAUUGUGGAUUGGCCCCAUAAGGCAGAGAGCAAAUCCUAUUUUCCUCCGAAAGGCUAUGCAUUCCUGCUGUUUCAAGAUGAGAGCUCCGUCCAGGCUCUCAUUGAUGCGUGUAUUGAAGAAGACGGGAAGCUCUAUCUGUGUGUCUCCAGCCCCACCAUCAAAGACAAGCCAGUGCAGAUCCGGCCUUGGAACCUCAGUGACAGUGACUUCGUGAUGGAUGGUUCGCAGCCUCUGGACCCACGAAAAACUAUAUUCGUCGGUGGUGUCCCUCGACCGUUGCGGGCAGUGGAGCUCGCCAUGAUCAUGGACCGGCUGUACGGAGGCGUGUGCUACGCGGGGAUCGACACGGACCCCGAGCUCAAGUACCCGAAGGGCGCCGGGCGGGUGGCCUUCUCCAAUCAGCAGAGCUACAUAGCUGCCAUCAGCGCCCGCUUUGUGCAGCUGCAGCACGGGGAGAUAGACAAACGGGUGGAAGUGAAGCCAUACGUCCUGGAUGACCAGCUGUGUGACGAGUGUCAGGGCGCCCGCUGCGGGGGCAAGUUCGCCCCGUUUUUCUGCGCGAACGUCACCUGCCUGCAGUAUUACUGUGAAUAUUGCUGGGCCGCUAUCCAUUCUCGCGCCGGCAGGGAGUUCCACAAGCCGCUGGUGAAGGAGGGCGGGGACCGGCCCCGGCACAUCUCAUUCCGCUGGAACUAG